AUGCCUGAUGUCAAGCGUACAGUCAAGCUGGUGACGGAACAGAGUAUCAUCCAGGGCAAAGACUCAGGCGUGGAAGGAUUCCCUCUUCGAUCAUGGUCGAUUGAGAUCUAUCUCUUGAACGAGCAUGGCGAGGAAGUACCUGCGACAGUGUUUGACAAAGUGAUCUACCGUCUCCAUCCUAGUUUUGGCGACCGCGCAAAUCAGACAAUCAAAAGCCCCCCUUUCCGUAUCCAGGAAGAAGGAUGGGGUGAAUUCGACAUGCAGAUUGGCCUAUUCGCCGACAAGGAGCACACGAUAUCUCACGACCUGAACUUCCAGCAGUCUCGAUACGAGUCGAAGCACACAAUCACUUUCAAACAUCCCAAGCCAACUCUUCUGGAGAAACUACGCGAUUCAGGCCCAGUGCCCGGUGAUGAGAAUGGCGUAAAGGCGAAGCGCGGGGCCACUGGUGAAGAGAGCGUGAAGAAGAAGAAGAAGACUGAGAAGAAUGUCGACAUGGACAAACUUGCAGACGGACUCCAGAAACUCGGCGAAGACGAUCUCUUGCAGGUCGUCCAAAUGGUCCACGACAACAAAGCGCCGGAUUCAUAUACAGUAAAUGAUGUUGAGCAAGGCGAAUUCCACGUGGAUCUGUACACCCUGCCAGACGCCCUCAUCAAAAUGCUCUGGGACUUUGUGCAGCAGCGCGGUGUUGUCUAA